GAGUAAUGGCGAAUUCUCCGCUCAAAGUUGACAACUAUAUUUUGGAAAAGAAGUUGGGAGAGGGAUCUUAUGGGGAUGUCUACUUCUGCAGAGACGAGCGAAACAACAAAUGGAGUGUUAUCAAAUUGAUUCACAAAGAGAUAAAUGGUGUUCGCGAUGAGACCUGGCGCCGCGAGACUUUUGCACUCACUGCACUCGCGGAGGUCAGGGGGAUCUCAAGAAUGUAUGACUAUGGGGCGACCGACAUUCAUAAUUAUAUUGUAAUGGAGCCGCUCCUGGACGACUUGACCAACAUUGCUCGCCGAAACGGUAUCAAGGGAUUCUCAAAGUCUACUGGAUUUCACAUCCUUUGGCAGCUUGUCAAAAUCCUCCAAGAUGUUCACUCUUUUGGGAUUGCUCACGGAGACAUCAAGGCUGACAACCUAAUGAUUUCCGGUUCGAACAAGACCUUCAUGCUGUCGCUUGUUGACUUUGGUCUGUCACGCUCCUUCAAAGACCACAAUGGCAACCGCACUCCCCCAAUUCCAUUUCCCAGCGGCUGCAUCAAUCUCAUUCACACCCCCGCUCGAACCGCAAAUGGCAAACCGCACAUGGAAGCGGAGGACCUUAUGCAAGUUGCAUACCUCGCUUGCAUCUGUCGCAAGCUUGCUCCGUGGGAAGAUAUCGAUGGACACAAAAUGACUAAACUGAAGAAGGCUUUCGCCGAAAAACCAAAGAAAUUCCUUGGAGAACACCAGGAUCUCAAGCCGAUCAUCAAGAUCAUCGCCAAGCAAAAACACGGAAAGGAGCCGAACUACAAGGAAAUCAUGGAUCUUCUCCAAGAGAUGCUCACCUCGUCGGGUGGAGGUUUCGCUGGUGAUUCUCUCAAGGCCCAGUUCGUCAAUGGAGCGAUUGUCCUCCCAUAAUCCCCUGUAUACUAUAAUGUUACUGGUUUCAUUCCACUUCAGAUCUUUUCAUUUUAGAUCUCAUUUUUCGCUGGCUUGAUUAUUUCUAUAGUAGAUAAAAACAUUUUUGUUUCAA